AUGGAUUCAUACAUUAUUAACAUGAACUUAUUGGAAUUUACCAUACUGAAUGUGCCUGUUUCUGGUGCUACUAUUCUGAUGAACAUAUUUUUUGUGUACUGUAUGUUUUUUCCAGAGAACAGACCAGAAAACAACCUUAAACCACCUCUUAAUGUUUUACUGGGAUCACUUAUUGGAUGCAACCUCACUCUUAAUGUUUUUAACUUGUUAUUUGUGUUUUAUGACCAUUUUUAUCCAGCUUCGUGGGUAUACACAAUUUCAUAUGCUAUUACGAUGUAUGCCAUGAGGACCAGUUUUACCACCUCUACUGGACUUAAUAUGUUUUACUACUUUCAGAUUGUUCCUGCUCAGCUGCCUUUUUUGGUCUGGGUGAGGACGCACAUCAAAGUCUUUAUGUACUUGGCAUUGCUUUUCGACAGAAUCUUCUUUUUAUUUGAAUUCAUUCUUCAACUUAUGUACCCAUGGGAAGGACCUGUUCCUGCAGUGGACUUGAAUUCAACCAGUGUUCAAAUGAACAUCACCAAUGAAAAAACAUCUGUGAUGUAUUUACUAUUAACAACAGACUUUUGGCUCAAAUGUGUCUAUUUUUUCUUUUGUCUUGUCAUUAUGCUGGCAUCAAGCAGUGGAACCGUUCUCUACUUGAGGAGUCACAUGAAGAGUGUAGAGGAGAACACCAGCUCUUUCUCUAGCCUUCAUCACCAGAGGCAGAUGAGAGUGACCAUCAUGGGCAUUAUACAGAUGGUCCUCUUCUUUCUCUGCUCAGGGUGGCUCAUUGCAGAAGAGCUCAUUAUUUAUUAUUUUGUUGAACGUUUUGAUCAGGGUGAAUAUUUAUUUGACUCUGUUGUGGCACUAUACUCUCUUGGAACAACCAUUGUUUUAGGUUUUGCUCAGACAACAUUCCGGCUUAGGGUGAAAGAUAUCGGGGGGAAACUUCUGCGAACCCUGAAAUUUUCAUCUGACUGA